GUAGAUUUGAGCCACAAUGGUGGCCUCCGUAGCUGUUUGUAUGUCUAUUGUUUUUGGCUGAAAACCAUAAGGUUUUUUGUGUUUUAAUGUUCCGUGCAGCAAACAUAAAGACUCUUGGUAAAGCGGGAACCAGCUGGCACUUUGGUCGGACGAUGGACGAGCUGGUCCACGACCUGGUGUCGGCCCUGGAGGAGAGCUCGGAGCAGGCGCGGGGCGGAUUCGGCGACGGCGGCGCGGAGCACGCACUGGCCGUGGGCUGCCUGCUGAAGCGCCAGGCGCGCAAGCGGCGCGGCCGCAAGCGCCGCUCCGACAACCCGCACCCGCCCUGGGACGCCUGCCACCUGAGCGACGGCUCCGAGUCCAGCCUCGACGAGGCGGGCGGACGGCACCACAACCACCAUAACAACCACCACAACAACCACCACCACAACCAUCACCACGCCCGGGACCCGCACAACAACCACAGCGACUCCGACGAACAGCUAGGGCCCAAGCGCCGCACGCCCCUCCUCGGGGGGGACCCCCACGGACGGGGCAAGCGCCCGCUGUGGCACGAGGAGCCCGGCGGCGGCGGUGGCGGUGGAGGAGGGGGUUGCGUGGACAGCCUCGGCAUGCGCAGCCUGCGGCGGCGGCGGAAGGUCAAGCGCAUGGCCGUGGACCCGCCGCAGGACGUCUCCGCCGCCACCUGCAUGCUGGCGCCGCCUCCGCCGAUGGCGCUGCCCAGGGGGCUGCUGGCGAUGAGCUGCGAGGGCAUGGGGGGCGCGGCGGCCAAGGGAGGGGUCAAGAAGAGGAAGCUGACGGCGCACAAGCUGGUGUCGGACGUGGCCGACGAGGGCGUGGUGGUGGAGAGCGAGGAAGGGAUGGCCUCAGGCGAGGCCAAGGACAAGAUGGACUUUGAGGAGCAUAAGGGCUCUGGAGAAGACAUGAGUGACAGGUGUGAGACAAGCAGCGUGAGUAACAGCAGCGAUGGAGGCCUCUUCACCAAUGACGAGGGGAGGCAAGGCGAUGACGAGCAGAGCGACUGGUUCUAUGACGGUGAGCCUGGCGGAGCGUGUGGCAUUGCGGGCGUCGUGCCCUGGUGGGAGAGGGACUCGGCGGAGCUCGACCUCAAUGACCCCGUCUUCAACAGCAUCCUCACCGGAUCCUUCCCCAUCAUGUCAAAGGACGCUCAGAGAGGGUUCCAGGCCAGGUUGAGUCGAUUGCAGGGCGGGGCAUCUGGUCCGUCAGGGCCUCAGCAUUCACAGGGCGGCUCUAUUGGACCGGGCUGUAUGGACAGACUGGGUCGGCUGUCCCAGGACCCUCAUGACAGACCCUGGUUUAAUCCAGCCUCCAGGAGAGACCAUAGCCAGCUGCACUGGGACUCAAGGACAGAUCGGGGGCACCGUAGAAGCUGCUCGUUAAAAACUGCCAGCAGACAGACGAGUGGUCACCUAGGCUCCUUAUGCACGGGGGACGUGAAGAGGCGAAGGAAGGCGACGCCCAUGGGGGCCCCGGCCACCACAGGACCUGUGGGCGAGAACGCGCCUCCAAUUCCAGAUUCCAACAUGGGGAACCGUAUGCUGCAGAGCAUGGGCUGGAACCCUGGCUCCGGCCUGGGGCCCGAGGGCAGGGGCAUCACUGAGCCCGUCCGAGCCCACCAAAGGCCCAAGGGCGCUGGGCUGGGAUUCAACUAGCACCCCAGGCUUUCGGGCCUGCUAGAGCGAAAGGAGCAUGUCCCAACCACACUGCAGCACGAGAGAGUGGAGAGAGGAAAAACAGACAGUGAAUGAAUGAGGAAAGUAAACAGGAAGGACUGAGAAAGAGGACUGCCUGCAAGAAAAGAUGGCAGAAGGAGAAUGAAAGUGAGUGGGUUAGGAAGAGAGUGAUUGUAACUCGUGAGAUCGAAUGACUCAAAAGAAAUAUGGUUAGCCUACAGUGGAGGUGUGUUUGUUGUGUGGAAUCGUAGAGAUUAAAAAAAAAAAAAAAAAAAAAAAGAGGACCUAGUAACCGCGACUGUGAAAGACUGUCGAUCAAGGAGAACCAGCAUUGGACUGCCAAUGACUGGAGCAUCAGAAAGAAACCAAAUUAGACUGGGUGUUAAGACACGGACGUAAAAAUCCCCCACUCCAGAAGAUUGUUGCCCAUAGUGAGGAUAUUGAGAGAGAAAAAAAAAAUUAUAUAGAGAAGAGAGCUCAAGCUAGUCACCAUGUUCUAGUGGGAAUGUUUGUUUACAUGUUCUCUGUCGUUGUCCUCUGUAAAGAUAUGUUUGUUUUAAUUUUUCCGCUCCUUACCUUGUUGGAGGUUUUUUUUUUUUUUUAAGUCUGUACUAGCAUACUGUAUGAGUAGCUAGAGAUUCGAGUCCGCUAAGUUAAUGUCACUCGAGUUGUAGUUUUUAUUAUGUUUUUGAACACCUGAAAAUAUUGGCACCACGUGUAAACGGAUGACUAUUGGGUCCAUACCUCGCCCUCAACUGCACCCUCAUGAAAGCUGUUAAAUGUCCUUUGCUCCGAAGUCAAGAGCAGUUGGUCACAAUUCCUCAUGAAUAGCAAGUCCAUCAUGAAUAAUCUUUUAAGUCUUUUGAAGUUUAGGUCACUGGUCUGUGGACCAGCUUCCAUCCAAUCGAGACAUUUUCCUCUGUAUUUAACAUGGGGCGGCAGACCCGUAUUUUAAUGUUGUGGUGUAUUUCAGAGUUAGUAAGGCAACUAAAGUUAUUACAGCGAAAUUGUUUUUAGGUUAUUUUUUGCACUUUUAAUGAUGUCCACGAACAAACUAGUCAGACCUCAUAAAGAUGCAUUGCAUGUUCGGCCUACUGCUGUCUGUUUAGUCAACGACUGUUUCUUGCAAUUUUGCAGUGUUCUUUUUCAUGAUUUUCAUUUUUGUUGUUUAUUUAAUUUUUUUUUCUGUUCGGUUUCCUGCUAUACUGUAAAUCAUGUUCACCGUUCUGCUCAAACUGAUGAUCGUUGUGCAACAUGCCAAGUUGGGGCAUAAGACGAGACGUCACUCCAUUUUAGCUGCCAUGUUUGUAGUAUUUUUUGUUUGUUCGUUUGUUUUCAUGAGCUGAGCUGGACGGCUGAACACUGGUCAUAGUAGAACAUGUAUGAUGGCGAGCUGGACUGCUGUUGAGGAUCUGCAUUAAACUCUGUUAAUAAGA